AGUGGGAAUCAAUGCUUUGGACUUAAGACAAUUUCAUGAUAAUCAAUUCACUUUAUCCAAUGGCAUCCUUUCUGUGCAAGUAACUCCCAAUUUCUUGUUGACGUGAAGUUGAUGGCCAUUUUUUCAAGUUGUGUUAGUUACUAAUGUGUUCUAGAAUGAUGGGUAACACUUGGCUUUCUUAUAUGGUCAUGAUAAGAAUUUAGGAAUUACAAUAUUGGAAAAACAGUAAAUUUUAGUCAGUAGUGGUCCAGAGACAGAGCAUGAAAACUGACAAUUUUGAAAAUAUGUGAACAAAAGAUAACCAUUAUAUAGAUUUCUACUGUUUAGUAGCAAACCUUUGAAAUUUCUGCUUGCUACAACGUAUUUAGUUUGUUUACUGUUAGUCCUUAGAAUCUCCUUCGGGCUCCUUAAAUCCUUAAUAGUUUUCUCCUUUUUUGAUUUUUAAAUUAAUUUUGUUGGGAUAUGAGAACCUGAGGCCAAUCUGUUCCACAACUUUCAGAUUUGACUACGAGUACUUCAAUCACUGUUGGGUGGAUUAACAAAUAAUGCAUUACUUUGUUAUGUGGUAGAUGUUACAGGUGGAGAUAUUAAUGUGAUACGUAGAGAAAGAGAGAUAAUUAUGCGUUCACGGGAAAGUACUAGCCCUGGAACGGACGAGAAAGUGUCUUCACUAUAUUCUGCAUGGAGUGAUUUACUUGGUAAAUCAAUAGAUGAGAAUGGUCAAUUCUCCCAGUGGACCAUUUUGAGAAAAUCCAAUGUACCAAAAGCCCCUCACUUGGAGAACUGCAAGUUGAGUGCAGAAGUAAAACAACGUCUUGAUAGGCGACUUCAAAAUGAGUCUUUCCCGCCUUGGACAAUUUGGAAAGGACAGUUGGAUGACUUCCCACUGUCUAUAACUGAUGAUCAGCUGAAGAACUACAGGGAUCAGAUGAUAUCUGAAGGAUCUUAUCCUCCUUGGAUCACGGGAUCUGAUGAAGAAAACUACCCACUUACCAGGAAAGUGCAACGUGAUAUAUGGCUUCAUCAGCAUCCAGUGAACUGCAGUGAUCCUAGUGUAAGGUUUCUAGUUGCCGACUGGGAGAGAUUGCCUGGAUUUGGUAUUGGAGCACAAGUUGCCGCAAUGUGCGGUCUUCUUGCUAUUGCAAUUAACGAGAAAAGGGUUCUUGUCACGGGCUACUAUAACAGAGCUGACCAUGAUGGCUGUAAAGGUUCAUCACGCUCUAGUUGGUCUUGUUAUUUCUUUCCUGAAACAUCCCAGGAAUGUAGGAAUCGUGCAUUUGAGCUAAUGAAAGAAAAAGAAGCCUGGGAAAAGGGGAUUAUAACAAGGAAAGGCAAUUAUACUACAAAAGUAAUAUGGACUGGACGCGUUCCUAGGAUAUGGGGAAAUCCUUGGAGUAUCAUGCAGCCAACUACAGAGAUAAAUGGGAGUCUCAUUGCUCAUCAUCGCAAAAUGGACCAUCGGUGGUGGCGAGCACAGGCUUUGCGCUACCUGAUGAGGUUUAAUUCUGAAUAUACAUGUCACUUACUAAACAAAGCACGACAUGCUGCAUUUGGAUGGGAAGCUGCAAAUAUGGUCCUUAUGUCAUCUUCCAAAGAUUUUAGUGAGGAAUCAGAAGAUAACAGUGCAUCUGAAAUCGAAAAAUUCGUGUGGUCAAAUCAGAAACCGUGGAUUCCUCAUCCUCUGUUAAGCAUGCAUGUGAGAAUGGGAGAUAAGUCGUGUGAAAUGAAAGUGGUUGGAUUCAACGAAUAUAUGCAUCUAGCCGAACGAAUCAGGAAGCGCUUUCCUCAUCUUAGCAGCAUCUGGCUCUCUACUGAAAUGCAGGAUGUGAUUGAUAAAUCAAAAUCUUACCCUCAUUGGAAAUUCUACUACACGAACGUGACACGCCAAGUGGGGAACACCAGCAUGGCAACUUACGAAGCCAGUCUUGGCCGGGAAAUAAGCACAAAUUAUCCUCUUGUUAAUUUCUUGAUGGCUAGUGAAUCUGAUUACUUCAUUGGAGCAUUAGGUUCCACAUGGUGUUAUCUUAUUGACGGUAUGAGGAAUACUGGAGGAAAAGUCAUGUCCGGUUACUUGAGCGUCAACAAGGAUCGAUUUUGGUAGUGCCACUGCUAAUCAGAAGCUUCUAGUUACUAUGAUGUCGUCCAGUGUGAUGUUCAUACGGUCGAGCCAUGUAACGACUGCCAGCCACUGGACUUGCUUGAAAUGGGAGACGAAGAAAUGGAAGUGUCCCUUUUGUGAAUAAGAUAACUUUGGAUGUAAAUUCUGGAUUAUGAAACUCGUGUCUGUUGUGAAAGAGGAUUCCUUUUUUUUUUUUGGGCACCCUCACAAACAAGCUAAAAGACUUUUUACAUGUAAAUUAUAUGUACUUUGGCAAAUAGAAGCAUAUUAUAUAUAUUGUUCUGAAUGUUA